AUGAAGGACCGCGGAGAUGCAGCAGAGCGGUCUGUCACAUUGGACCCUGAAAAGAUCAAUGCGACGGCUGAUCCCGCCGCCGAAACUGAUGCUCAGAGUGCUGACGACCUCGACGGGCCCAACUCGCGACACCAUGUUUUCUCCGAUCCGCUCGCUGCGGAGCACUGGCGCAACAUCUAUGAGAAAGCCGGGUAUGAAAACAGACACCGCUUUGACCCGGAGUUCACGUGGACUGCCGAAGAUGAGCGGAAACUCGUCAGGAAGGUUGAUCUGAGGAUUAUGACAUGGGCUUGGAUCAUGUUUUGUGCUCUCGAUAUGCAUCGGAGAAACAUUAACAGGGCCAUUUCAGACAACAUGUUAGAGGAGCUGGGCAUGGACACAAAUGAUUUCAACUAUGGACAGACUAUCUUCCUCGCGUCUUUCCUCUCGGCGGAGCUGCCGAGCGGCCUUAUAAGCAAAAAACUCGGUGCUGACCGAUGGAUACCUUCUAUCAUUAUUGGCUGGUCUAUUGUCGCGGGCUCACAAGCGUUCCUCACAAAUCGCGCCGGGUUCUAUGCCAUCAAAGCUCUUCUUGGCUUGCUUAUGGGAGGGUUUAUUCCAGACAUUGUGUUGUACCUCACUUAUUUCUACAAAUCUAAUGAGCUGCCCACCCGUCUGGCUUGGUUUUGGACUGCCCUCAGUACUGUGAACGUUGUGGGCUCUUUGCUUGCAGCAGGCGUUCUUCAGAUGAGAGGCAUCAACGGCUGGUCGGGCUGGCAAUGGCUCUUCCUCCUCGAAGGUAUUCUCACGCUCAUCGUGGGCCUCUUCUCUUUCGGUCUCAUGCCCCCGGGCCCUUGUCAAACUCGCAACUGGUUCCGCGGCUCCAAGGGAUGGUUCGACGAGCGAGAAGAGAAGAUCAUGGUCAACCGCUUGCUCCGGGACGACCCGAGCAAAGGUGAUAUGAACAACCGUCAAGCUGUUGGGCCCAAGCUACUGUGGAAGGCUAUCCAAGACUGGGAGCAGUGGCCGCUCUACCUUGUAGGCCUCACGACCUACAUCCCGCCGAGUCCUCCACAGAACUACCUGUCUCUUAUCCUGCGGCAACUCGGCUUCUCUGUAUUCCAGGCCAACCUGCUUGUCAUUCCGUCGCAGGUUGUCUUCGCACUGAACCUCUUGUUCGUCACUUGGGUCUCGAAAAGGCUCAAAGAACGGGCGAUCGUAUCCUCCUUCGCCAACAUCUGGAUCUUUCCCUGGAUUCUGGCUUUGGUGGUCCUCCCUGCGUCUGCAUCGCCAUGGGUUCGCUACGGUAUACUCACCGCUCUGCUCUCAUAUCCUUACUGCCACGCCAUCUUGGUGGGUUGGAACGCGAAGAACAGCAACGCUGUGCGUACCCGAGCUGUUUCUGCAGCUUUGUACAACAUGUUCGUUCAGUCUGGAAACAUCAUCGCAUCCAACAUCUAUAGAGAUGACGACAAGCCACUCUACAAGCGAGGCAACAGCAUUCUUCUGGGCAUAACAUGUUUCAACAUUGUCUUGAUGUACCUCGUCAAGGCGUUUUACAUCUGGCGGAACCGUGUCCGCGAUCGAAAGUGGAACGCCAUGUCGACUGAGGAGCAGGAACAGUAUCUCAUCAACACCAAGGAUGAGGGGCAGCAGAGGCUUGAUUUCCGUUUUGCGCAUUAG